UCCGCUUUUUCAUUCUCUCCUCCCUUAACUCUCGAGUUCAUCCACUGAUCUACUCCCCGUUAGAUACUGUAACGUUAUCGAUAGGUAGCCACCAUCAUCAAAUAGCUAGAUAUGGACGAUUUUGACAUGCUCAGCGCACCACAGGCUGCGGCCGGCAAUGGGACGGACGAAGACCCCGCUGCCGCUUUCUUGGCCCAGCAAGAAAGCGAGAUCGCGGGGAUUGAGAACGACGAAGGAUUCAGCAUCCUGGACAGCGGAGAGGUUCCAACGUCGCUAGACAACAAUCUGACAGGCGACACAAACGAUGCAGUGGAUGGUGCUGUUAAUGGAGACAUUCAUGAGGAGAGCAACGGCCCGUCUGAUGCAUACUCAGCCAUCUCCAGUGCCGACCGGCUGCAGGCUGAGCCAGAGAGCCUGCGUAAAUGGAGGGAGGAGCAGAGAGAGAGGCUCGAGGUCCUAGACGCUAAUUCUCGUAAGCAGGAGUCUGAGUGGAAGGACAAGGCCAAGGUAGAGCUGGAGGAGUGGCACACUAGACAGGACGAGCAGCUGGAGAAGACUAAAGUGAACAACAGAGCGGCCGAGGAGGCCAUGCUGUCGGACAUGGACGAGAACAACCCGGGCACCGAGUGGGAGCGCGUGGCGCGCCUCUGCGACUUCAACCCAAAGUCCAGCAAGCAGGCCAAAGAUGUGUCCCGCAUGCGCUCUGUCCUCAUCUCCCUCAAGCAGGCCCCUCUGGUCCGCUAACCCCAACCCUCUUCUCUCUGUUAAUGUCUCAAUUCAGUCCCUACCCCUCCCCCUUGGCACUAACCAUUCAGUGUUUGAAUAUCUGAAGGCUCUGCAUACGUACUGUAUAAGCAGUGUAGUGGUGGAGCUUCCACAAUCCACCAUGUUGCUUUCACCUUACAGAUCUGUUAACAUUGAGGGGAAGGGAGUGAAUUGAGACUGCUGUAUCUCUACCCGUUGCUAACCCUCUCUGGACCCAGAUUGCAACCAAACUCUCAUAGGGAAAUGUAUCAUCCCGACUACCUGACCUGGGGUUGUUCCCACCCAACCCGACUACCUGACCUGGGGUUGUUCCCACCCAACCCGACUAUCUGACCUGGGGUCAUUUCCCACUUACCCAACCCACCUACCUGACCUGGGGUCAUUUUCCACCCACCCAACCCACCUACCUGACCUGGGGUCAUUUUCCACCCACCUACCUGACCUGGGGUCAUUUUCCACCCACCUACCUGACCUGGGGUUGUUCCCACCCAUCCCGACUACCUGACCUGGGGUCAUUUUCCACCCACCUACCUGACCUGGGGGUCAUUUUCCACCCACCCAACCCACCUACCUGACCUGGGGGUCAUUUCCCACCCACCCAACCCACCUACCUGACCUGGGGGUCAUUUCCCACCAAACCCACCUACCUGACCUGGGGUCGUUGUUGUACAUGGAUUGAUGAUAUUCCUCUCCAUCUUCCUUUCCGUCAUUAAAGAACAAAAUAAGUAUACACAUUUAUUUUUUGUUUCUAUUCUUUUAAGGACCAAACUCUGUUUAUUAAGUGUGUUGUUGGAAACCAUUUUAGAACCAGCUUGUGGCAUUUAUUGUGACUAUUUCAAUCUAUGCAUUUUUUCCCAUUUGAACCACAAAUCAAGUACGGUAAAUAUACGUGAUCUAUAUGUGUGUGUAAGCAUCAAGGUUGGGGUCAAUUCCAUUUUAAAUUCCAGUUAAUUCAGAAAGUACACAAUUCCACAUCAAAUUUUUGAUAAUUGAAAAGCAUUGAAGAGAAUUGGAAUUUCAGUGUACUUCCUGAAUUGACUGGAAUUGAAAUGGAAUUGCCCCCAACCCUGGUAAACAUCAUGUACUCUAUAUGCGUGUACCUAAUGUACAUAUACAGGCAAUAUAAAAAAUGUUAAUGUCAUAAACAGAGUAGAAUUGUGGUUUAAAGAUUAACUGUGGCACCAAGUGUUGCUUUUAAUGUUCAUUGUCCAUCGAUUUCAAUAUCAGUAAAACAUGAA